AUGGCCCAAUCCACCGCCCACCGCCGCCUCCUCCAAGAGUACCGCGCCCUGACGAACAACCCCCCGGAAGGCAUCACCGCCGGCCCCGUUUCCGAAGAGGACCUCCUACACUGGGAGGCCUUGAUCCAGGGUCCCGAGGGGACUCCCUUCGAGGGCGGCGUCUUCCCCGCCGAGCUCAAGUUUCCCAAGGACUACCCCCUCGCCCCACCGACGAUGAAGUUCCUCGUCGACAUGUGGCAUCCGAAUAUCUACCCAAGCGGCCUCGUCUGCAUCUCCAUCCUCCACCCCCCCGGCGACGACCCAAACCACUACGAACACGCCUCGGAGCGCUGGUCCCCGAUCCAGUCCGUCGAAAAGAUCCUCAUCUCCGUCAUGAGCAUGCUCGCCGAACCCAACGACGAGAGCCCCGCCAACGUCGAGGCCGCAAAGAUGUGGCGCGAGCGAAGGACGGAAUACGAGCAAAAGGUCAGCGACGGCGUCCGGCGGUCGCUGGGUCUGUGA